AUGAUUUCACAUUUAUAUAUUGUUGGUGUUAGUGCCUUGGUUGCAACUGCCGUUCAAGCUAGUAUUAUUCAAAACAAACCAAGAGAUGGGGUUAUUGCAUUAGAUAUGCAAUUUGAUUCAAACUCACAAGAUUUAAUAAAAAGACAAGUUGGUGAGCAUGAUUACAGCUUUCCAGGUACUAGCCUUCCAAAAUUAGUUUUACCAGUUGGUUCAAAUAAAGAUGAAGUUCAGUUAUUCGUAGAUACUGGAAGUUGGUUAACUCAAGUACCUGAUGUUGCAACAAAUUGUGCCAAGUGUUUGUUACCAGAUGGGAAAUUAGGUUUAUACGAUGCUAAUAAAUCAACAACAGCAGUAAAAACAGGGCAAUCUUUAAAAUCUACCUUUGGUUCCACUGCUUAUUUUUAUGGUGAAGGUGUUAUUGAUGAUAUAUGGUUUGAUCCAGAUUUCAAGAUUCCAGGAACAUUAUUUAAUGAUGUUCAUGAUAUUGGUUCAUCAUGGCCAUAUGGUAUCCUUGGACUUGCAAAACCACCAAAGGGAUCUGAAAAUGAAAAUAUAGUAUGGAAUGCUUAUAAAGCUGGAUUAAUUAAUAAACCAAUUUUUGCUAUAACUCAAAGAAAUGAGAGUGCUACUAGUUUACAAUUAUUUUUAGGUGGUUAUAGUAAAUCUCAAUUAAUUGAAGAUUAUACUUGGACAUCAAUAAACAACGAAAACUUUGCAGGUCAUAUUGAUUUUGUUGAUAUUAAUGGUACCAAAGUUAUAAUCAAUGAAACUGUAACUUUUGAUACCGGUAAUUAUCAAGCUGGUGUUACUCAAGAAAUUUUUGAUGCACUUUUAGCUUCGUUCCCAGAUGAUCCAAAUAAUGCCAGAGGCAGUAAUAAGAUUGAUUAUAAUUUAAUUAAAGAUAAAACAAUGACUGUUUCAAUUUAUGGUAAAAGUUAUAAUGUUCCAUUAAUAGCUUUUAUCGAACCUGAUUGUAAAAGUCAACAUUGUAAUAUUUGGAUUCAUGUUUCAGCUUGGAAUUGGGGAUCUGGUUUUAACAGAUUUUUGAAUUUAGCUUUGAAUUAUGAUAAUGGUUCAUAUAUUGGUAUUGCAGGAUGGAAACCAUCAAAUACCAAUGAUAUUGUUUCUUUUUAA